UCUAUGUUUUGACCGAGGUUUAGAAGCGAGCCCCUGCGGUUGUUGUACAGGGGAGAGAAGCACGUGAUGACGACUGCCUAACCUAACCUUAAGCGAGCCCCAAAUCCUCUGCAACUCUCGCUCCUCUCAACUCCAUUUCCACAUCCUCCAACCUCACAAUGCCACCUAAACGCAAACCCUCCACCUCCACCGCGUCAACCCCCAAGCCCCUGCCCAAAGCCCCCCUUCCCCCGCCGCGCAAAUGGGCAAAAGCUCACCCGCGCUUCAUCGUCCCUGAGCUCCGUCGGCGCCAACUCCCAACCUGGGGCUCUCCCUCCACCCUAAUAACCCGCCUGAAAGCGACCGACGCCCCCUCCCUCCGCACCCCAGAGUCCCGCCUCACAACCCACAAAAAAGCACUCAAGCGCCUCCAGACCUCAUCUCUAAAACACAUGAUUCCUUUCCAUCACUUCAAUAAACUACCGUUAGAGAUUAGGGAGAGAGUUUGGGAAUUCGCACUGCCUGGACCACGAGUGCUGACGCUCGAUACGAGUCGGAAUCUAGGUGUGUCCGAGCGGCUGAUUUUCUCGAGCGUGUUUAAGGCGAAGAAUCCGGCUGCUUUGAGCACGUGUAAAGAAGCGCGAGCCGUUGCGUUAAGACGGUAUCGACUGGCUUUUGGGACGAGUAAUGUGUAUUUUGAUUUCAAAGGUGGUGAUAUCUUGUAUUUCGGGCCUGAAUGCUUUCACGGGACAUUUCUGGAUCAAGAGUGGGGGUGGACGACAUCGACGUAUGUGGGUCCGAAUGAGCCGUCGAGGGCGGUGAAGGUUUGUUUAGCGGAGAGAGUGAGGAGGGAUUUGGAGGCUGUGAGGCACCUUGCGAUUUCGAGGGGACUGUGGGAAAAUCAUAGGGAGCGGUAUGCGUGGUUUGAGUAUCAGCGGGUGCUAGGGUGGGAUAAUUGUUGUGGUGAGUUGUUGAGGAAGAGGUUGCGGAAGUUCAAAAGUGUGGAACGAAUCUCAUUUGAACAUGGCCGCCAGCGAGUUGAACACCCGGAAGGUCAUGAAGUGUAUUGUGGCGGUCCGGUGAGCGAGGAUCCGUGGUUUGAAGAGAGGCCGUUUGAUUGGAGAACGAUGAAUGCGAGAGAGACGUUACAUGUGAAGAUGUAUAAGGAGCAUGUUCCCUGGCUGGAAGAGUGGCUUGAGAUGGACGGCAAGUGGGAGGUCACAGGGGAUUUGAGUGCGGUUGCGUUAUUGAGUAGGUGGGAUGCGAAGGAUUUGAGUGAGGAGGAGAAAGAGGAGGGGGUGCCAGAGGCAAGGUUGGUGGAUAUUAAAUUUGUGCCUGAUGAGCCGAAGAGGAUCAGGGAAGAACUCUGGCGGCACCGAUGGGCGGAGCUUUUGGGUGGUUAGCUGAUCUUCAACUGUUUCAGCGUGGUUUCCUUAAAGACCAAUAAGUAAGGAGUGUAUAAUUCGAUGUGGACUACUGGGGAACUUUGGAUCUGGUGACUAGUUUCAUUGAGGGAAUGCGAGAAAUUCCAGCAGUUUUGAUUAGUGAUUCAAUUGUGUAGAAGGUCCCUAACAGUUGCUGUCAUUCCAAAUUCCUACCGUACCAAAGAUUUUGGGACAA